GGAAGGUAGAACCAUGAGCGAACCUCAAGCCACCCGCCGCCAUGGAUUGUUCAAUUUCCAAGUGUCCUUAGCUUGUUCAAUUUACUGCUGCACCAGCCCCCACCAGGGCUCUAGUCUCGACUCAAUGUCCUGGCCAGGGGUCGUCCCCCCACUCCCUCCCCCCCACACCACACUCCACCCCAUAGGCCGACAUGAUAUUCGAGAUUGUGAAACCUAGGCGACCAUCGGCCUUUGUGAUCGGUUCAGUCAGAGACGACAUGCGAUGUGAGGGAGAAUCGCUCGGAUCCAUAUCAUAGAUUCCAGCGGCAUUCAUUGGCUUGGCGACGCGCCGACGAAUCGCUAUUUCCAGACGGGUCCUUUUUUGUGUACUGUAUCACGGUCUGAAGAAUCGCUAGUAUGUUCCGAGGUGACCUUUGGGUCGACUAAAAAAUUCCACAAGUCGUUUCUGGACGAGGAAACGGAGGCUGUCAACUUGUCACUGCCUGAAGACGCCGUCGUGAGCUGGUUUCUGAGAAUUCUUUCAAAGCAGAAGUUGUUGUGAGGAGAUAAAUCGCCGGUUCAUUCACUCAACCACUCUUCGAACGGCCCUCGAACCCCUCCGAGUCGCCUCCAUCGGACUCGUAUUACAUGUACUGUUCCUAUUAAGUACUAGAGGUACUUAGAGCUGGUCGGGAGAGAGUUCUUCUCGGUUAGUAGGUGCAGGCAGGAAGGCGCACCGUGCGUCCAUAGUAAUGUAUGAUGUAAUGGUCUUCUAAGCUCAAUUUCGAAGCUUUCCGUAGUAAGCUCACCGGAAGAGUAGAUUGACCGUUGGCGAAUUUCUCCGCUACUUCUGGUGUCUUCUGGAUCCGCCGAUUUAUCAUUAUGAAGAGUUCCGGGUUCCAUCGUCACAAUCACCACGUUUUCUGUCACAGUCAUUGUCACAGGCAUCGUUACAGUCAUCGUUACAGUCAUCGUUAUGAUCUCGCAUCUGCGAUCCGGCUCUUUCUCCCCGCGGCGCUCCUGCUUUCCGCCCUCCCCGCGAUGUGCGGCGUGAAUAGCGCCAAUCGUCCUCGGAUCGACCGCGCGAGAUUCUCACGAGGAGGGAAUGGCGGCGCGGAGCCGGUAACUUCUCUCAAUAAUGGCGGCGCGGAGCCAGUAGCUUGGGUUAAUAAUGGCCGUGCGGAGCCGGCAUUGGUACCGGUACUAGUAGCACCUUCCUCUGAGUCGACUACUCCAGAGUCGACUAAAAAACAGACUCCUGCGGCUCGCCUCGGAGCCAGUGCUAGUGGCAGCUCGAGGCGGGAAGCUCUCCGAUUGGCUCCACGGCUGGCGGCCACGUGGCGAACUCCCGUUGGCGUUCACCGCGUCAGGUAUGCGGCCAAGCGCAGCACGGCGAGUGCCUCUUUCGCUGCCAAUGGCAACCAGCCGACCUCCCCACCUCCUCUCCCCCUCUCCCCACCUCCUCUCCCCCUCUCCCCACCUCCUUUCCCCCUCUCCCCACCUCCUCUUCCCCCCUCCCCACCUCCUCUCCCCCUCUCCCCCUCACCACUCUCUCCGCCUCUACUCGGACAGCCUCCCUCACUCCCUCCUACAGCAGCAGCAGCACCAGCAGCAUCAGCAGCGGCGGCAGCAGUAGUAUCAGCAGCGGUAUCAACAGCAUCAGCUGCAGUAGCUGCAUUAUCACUGCCACCAGCAGCACCAGCAGCAGCAGCACCGCCAUCACCACCACCAUCAGCGUCAGCAGCACGCGAAUCUCCAAGAGUUGCGAUAGCGAGGCUAAACGUGCGUUUUGGGCCAACAGCGCAUGGAAGAAACAGUACUGCAGCAUCAGCAACAUCAGCAUCAUCCGCAUCAGCAGCAGCACCGUCAGCAGCAUUAGCAGGAGCAGGGUCAGGAUCCGCAGCAGCAUCCGCAGCAGCAGCAGCAGGUGGUAAUUUCACGCGGAUCUCACCGCUCUCCGAAACGGUGAAGUCGGCAUGCCGGCGGUGGCCGUGUAACGUGCGGCCAAGCCUGUGCGGCGUGAUGCACCGCCCCAUCCGAGUCUACCUCAUCUGGUUCGGCCCCUUCUCCAGACAGCAGAAGAACAUUCUCAGAAACUUCAUUCAAUCGGUUUCGGAUCAGAGGGAUUCUGCAAACACAGUCCCCAGGUGGUGGGACAUCAACCGCCAGUACCACGACUGCAGGGGCCGCCACGUGUCCUCCUCAGUGAUUCUCAAAGGCGAAUCCAGAUACCCCUUCUCCCGCCGCCCUUUUACCGCUGGUGGUAGCAGCAAUACUAAGGAGAGCAAUGGUAACCACACUGACAGUGGUAACAGGAGUCUGAGUGAUAACAGCAGUAACAGUGGGAUGAGUAGUAACAAUGACAGCAGCAGCAGCAGCACCACCACCACCACCAUCACCACCACCAGCACGACCAGCACGACCAGCACGAGCCGCAGCAGCAGCAGCAGCAGCAGUAGCAAGGGCUUUAAGUUCGGGUAUCGCUGGAUUGGAGAGAGGGGUCUCCUCCCCUCCCUCUUUGGCUCCCUUGGUUCGACCGCAGCCGUGCAUGCAGUCAUCCGCGAGACCAUUCUGAGAAAGCACCUCCCGUUUGACACCAACGGGAUCUACUUCGUCAUCUCGUCUCCCCAGAUGAAAAGACGGAGCAUGCUCAAGGGGUUCUGCUCCUCCUUCUGUGGCUGGCACUCGUACAUUAUGAUGAUGGGGAGGAGGCUCAAGACCAGCCUUGUGGGCAACCCAGGCGCAGGACAGUGUCUUUCUAGCUGUGCGGCAUGGGAGCUGGCGAGUGGGUGGGAUGCGCCCAACAAGGACAAGGGCAUGGACGCUCUUAUCUCCACCUUUGCUCACGAGCUCGCUGAGGCCACCAGUGACCCGUACCUCUCGACUUGGAUGAACGACAAGGGGGAGGAGAACGCCGAUGUGUGCUCGUACAGCUAUGGUGAUAUUGAUUGGACGGUGGAUGGAGCCCCGUAUAAUAUGGGGGGUGUAGGGGGAACCAAAUUCCUCGUUCAACAAAACUACCACCUUGUUGAUCGUGCAUGUGCCACGUAUGCUUGAUGUAGUGUAUGUGUAGCAGGUUUAGUGGUUCAGUGCAUGUAUUUUUUAAUUCAAGCACGCCAGAUAUUGUGGGACUGUAUGCAGUUCAGCUCGGGGCGCAUUGAUGAUCCUCCACCUCA